AUGGAAGAGGCUCCUGGAAUGGACGGCACAUCGAGAUCCUUCGACCAUUCCUUCACCGUGACCCUUGACAUGUUCAUGGGAAUGGCUUACUGUCUCAUCAUCUACCACGUUUCAUACAAAAUAGUCAGCAAAAAAGGGGAAGACGCCAUCGACAAGAACACCUUAUUGAGAGGCAACCGCGACUACAAAUGCUGGGUGUUACUCUUUCCGGCAAUGUGCGACAUGUGUGCAUCGACAAUCGAUUUUGUGGCCAUCACCAUGACUUAUCCUUCCAGCUACCAGAUGAUCAGAGGUGAUUUUUUGCUCCUGCUGUCCGAAUUUAUUGCAGCAAUCCAGUUCGUGUACGAAGAGAAGAAACUGGUUAAACUGGACAUUGCUCCAAUGGCUGCAGCAGGAUGGGAAGGUGUCUUCGGUUUGGUGGUAUGCGGUCUUCUUCACAUACCACUUUAUUUUAUACCGAUGCCAAUGGGUCUGUGCAACAAUUCAAACUGCUCCAUGGAAAACUUUCCUGAUGCAGUUUUGAAACUGAUACGGAACUGGAAGAUUUCGAUUGCGUUUUUCGGUAAAGGAAAACAAGAAACAAAAUCUUCAUAA